AUGCGAGAGCCUCCCUACGACGUGGAAACCACUUCAAUGUCUUGGAAGUUGGAAAAUGCAAAAUCCAACUGUAGACUUCUUUUUCGUACUCUGCAUGUAGAGGGUGUGCAGCGAAACCGGUUAGCCGUGCGAAACGUUAUAAGAAAAACAAAGAUGGUUUCUCCGAAGACACUACGCCGAUGGGAGAAGGGUCGGAUAACACUCACACCGCACGGACGUUCCAUGGGCCAUGCAAAAAACAACCUUUUGUGCAGGUUUCGAGAGGGGGAAACCCCAAAUAAAAAGGUCGACUUCAAUAUAUUGCAGCAUUUCUGCCACAAACGACACCAACCACCCCACCGCCGCGCCACGGGGGCAACUGCCGCGAGCACGGAUAGGACGACAAGUGGUAGCUUGCUGGGGGAAACGGGGCCCGGUCGUCAGUGGACUCUCAGCAAGCACCUUGAAAAUGUGCCGCGGUACCGAACUCCUCAGUUUAAGGAAUUUCAUUUGCGCUGCCAGAGCCUGCACCAUCCUGCCAGUCUAAGGUCUCCUUUAUUCACUCUCACUUCUUAA